ACCGGUGACCGGGCAUAUAGCCACUCCGUUUAUGAUAACAUUGUUUUGAUAUUUUCUGUUGAGAUGGAAAUUGUUCUUUUGUGUAGUGAUUGAGUGAGAUAGUAAGAGUUGAUUGUUAAUUUUGUUAUUAUUGUUGUUUGUGUGUGUGUUAAAUCACAUUUAAAUAUAAACUAUACUCUUAGAUUCCUUUGUAAACAAAAUUAAAAUGAAUCAAAACCACUUACCUUGAAGUAUUGACAAACUACAUUAUCGUGAUUCAUUGUGGUCUCUCAAUCAUGUCAAGUAAUGAGAAACACUUGAAAAGAAAAACUUUAAAAUUGAGUCAUCCUAAUCCUUUAUUUGAAAAAUGGCUGCAAGAAUGGAAAGAUGAAGCUGCUUCUAGAAACUCAGACACUCAGUAUGCUUUUGCAAAGAGCAGGGCAGGAAGUGCUGUAUCUUUGCUGAUGGCUGAAGGCAAUAUCAGCCAAACUCUCAUCUUCCCUUCUCAAACUUUAUCUUUGGCAACUGUAGUACUCUGUAAAAGUCGUCUGUAUUCCUCUGAUGUAAAGAAAAUGUUUUGUCUGAUCUCUAAAGGGUUAAACUGUGAUAUAACACUCUCUCGGGAGCCAAGUUUAGAUAAUGAAGCAGAAGCACCGAUGAAGAAAAAACCAAAAACCAAAUCUCCUAAAAAAAGUUCUAAACUAUACAUUCCUACAUUAAGAUCAGCGUCUUAUGCUAUUCUUGUAGCCUUAAAUCAACAUUUGAAAGCAGCUGGCCCACCAGGAGAAAUGACAAAAGAUGAACUCCAAAAAGCAGCUCAACCGUUCUGUGAUACAUCCAUGUUCAAACCCUUGCCCAACUCAUACUACUCAGGCUGGAGUUGUGUAGGACAGCUGGUGAAUAAGCAAUUAGUUAAGCGCCAAGGCAAUCCUCACAGGUACAGUUUAACUGAAAGUGGCAUUGAUUUAGCUGAAAAACUUCCAGUAGUUGAUGAAGAAUCAUCUCUUUGUAUUCCAAACAUAUCUUCACCCCCAAAACUCACUAAUCACCCAAGAAUAAGAAAUGAGAAUAAGACAUGUACUACGAAAUCUCCUCAGAAAAGGAUUGAGAAAGAAGUUGAAAGACCUCUUAGCAUUCUUCAACCGGUUAUUCCUCUUGGAACUGAAGAAAUAUCUAGUGACCACCGCUUAACCCAAAAUAGUGAAAGCACUUCUAGUGAAUGGGAAGAAGUAAUUUUUCCACCGGGUUCAUUUCAGACCAUUCUUCUUGUUGAUACACAAGAAAUCCACAAAGGGGAUGAACUAGUCAAGGCGUUGGAGGCCCAAGGUACAAUAUUAGAAGUACGUAAACUAAAAGUAGGAGAUUUUGCUUGGGUGAGUAGAAAUGCAGCUGGUCAAGAACUUUUGUUGCCGUUUAUUGUUGAACGUAAAAGACUAGAUGAUCUUGCUAGCAGCAUAAAAGAUGGCAGAUUUCAUGAACAGAAGUUUCGUAUGAAGCAAUGUGGUCUGCCCCACUGCAUGUACCUGGUAGAGAGCCAUGGACAGAGACAAUACAGUCUGCCCACCUCCACCCUCCUGCAGGCCGCUGCCAACACACAGUUCAUUGACAGGUUUGCAGUGAAGUAUACAGCCAACUCUCACGAGACUGUUGCGUACCUCGCCACAUUCACUAAAGUUAUUUCAAGGAAGUUUUCUAACAAAACACUAUUGGGAUGUAAAAAAAACAUGUUGCCAACAUUUGACAUUCAAGAUGACUGUAUUUCAUUAAUAUCUUUUAUGGAGUUCAACAAAACAUCAGGAAAAACACGGAAAUAUUCUGUCAAAGAAAUGUUCAUCAAACAAUUGGUACAGCUGCGAGGUCUGUCUGUGGAGAAAGCUCUGGCAAUAGUGGGAAGAUACCCUUGUCCAAGGAGCUUAAUUACAGCUUUUCAGGAAGGUGGUAAUGAGAAGUUGUUGGCUGAUAUUCCUGUCGGAAACCUCAGUAGGAAAAUUGGUCCAGUGAUAAGUAAGGCUGUGUAUGAAUUGUAUAAUAAAUCUAUUUUAAGUUGAUUAUUAAUAACUGUUAGAGAUUUAUCUAAAUAGAAUCAUCUCAAUCACAAUCUAAAAAAUUGUAUUUUUUUAUAACCCUUUGCCUUCCAAUCAAUGGUGACCAACCUAGUGAAGACGGUUUCAUUUUGGUAUUUUGCAGUUAUCCACCUAGUGAACUUCAUAUUUGUUGUAGUAAGAAAUACAUUGGAACGCUCAUAAAAUGUUUGCCCGCAUUGACGGUAUUAACAGUAUAAGCAGUAAUUUUUAUGUGACAGAAUUUUCAGUAAUUUAUUGCCCCCCAAAACACUGUUUUUAUCUUUUUUUCUGCCUGGGAGCUGUAAUAUUAGUUUGACACGAUUGCAGCUUGGUAUCAUGGCAACACCAACAUUGACCGGCACUUGUCUGACACUAACCCCUCUAUCGCCUACAACACACCCCUCUCUGCCUUCUCCUAGCCCAGCUCCCAUCAUACUCAUGGCGGCCUUGGCAGGGGACUGCAUGACAUAAUUAAUUUAUAGACUUCUUAAUGCUAUAAUUUUUUAAGAAAGAAAAGGUUGUUUGUUAAAACAGCUUUUCAUUAGAGUAGUAUAACAAACAUGUUUAAAAUUUUUACCCAUUAAUUCUACUUGGGGUACAUGAAGACAUGGCUAGUGAGAAGACCAUUCUACAGCAUAAGCGAAAUCUUCAAAAACAACGGAGAACCCCAACAAUCUGACUAAAGCUGAAAUGAUUUCUGUAUAUUGACAAUAUUGUAAUUCUUGAUGGAUGUACAAUAAAAAUAUUUUGACUUUGA